GGCGACUCUUACGCAUCUCGAUGGCUAGACACACAGAGCAUCCAGCAGUCGACCAUGACUCCUCUGCUUCUUCCACUAGGACCAUCCCCAAUGACGAAAUAGUACCCCGGACGCUCGACGACGGAGAGAAGCAGGCCGCUCAAGAUCCCGAGAUGUCGGACGUCGCGAAGGACCUUGCAACCGCGGCCGAGGCUGUCGAAGGCGCUCCGUUAGACGAGUUCGAAGAGCAUCCUGACGGAGGUUCAAGAGCCUGGUUGGUAGUGAUUGGGUGUGCCGCGGGAGCGUGUGCCACUUUCGGGCUUGUGAACGCAUGGGGUGUCUUCCAAGCCUUCUACACCACGAGCAUCCUCAAAGGCACUUCCCCAUCGACUAUUGCAUGGAUCGGCUCUAUACAGUAUGCUCUCGUUUUUAUCCCCGGUUUGGUCGUUGGUCGCAUUUUCGACAUGGGCCACGUCAAACUUCCCUUGGGUUUAGCAAGCGCGCUGCUGGUUGCCGCGACCUUUCUUACUGCACAGUGUACACGAUACUGGCAAUUUCUGCUUUGCCAGGGAAUAGCUCUUGGGAUUGCGUGUGGAGUGAUUUUCGGCGUUAUCAUGGGUUGUCCCGCACACUGGUUCAAACGCAAGCUUGGGCUAGCAUUGGGCAUUAUGGCUCUAGGCUCCAGUAUCGGAGGUACCCUCUACCCCAUCAUCGUCAAGAACCUCAUGCAAAAAGUUGGCUUUCAAUGGACAAUGCGCGUCCUUGGGUUCAUUGAGAUCGGCCUCCUUGCCGUUCAGUUCCUUACUGUAGAGCGCAGGCUUCCUCCGAAGAAACGCUCAGGUCCUUUCUUCGACUUCACGGUCUUCAAGUCCGUCCCUUUCUCGCUGUACAGCUUCUCGAGUUUUCUCGCCUUCCUGGGCAUCUAUACUGUUCUCACCUAUAUCGAUGUGAGCGCGGUUUCGGAAGGUGUCCCCGAGAACUUUGCCUUCUACCUCCUGGCCAUCGCAAAUGCCUGCUCGGCAGUAGGUCGAAUAGUUGGCGGGACUCUUUCUGACUAUACAGGACCUCUCAACAUCAUGACCCCUGCGACGUUCCUCGCCGGCAUCAUGACCUACAUCUGGCCGUUCGCUACCAGUGUUGGCGGGAACAUCGGGGUGGCCAUCGUGUAUGGUGCAUCAUCGGGAGUCUAUGUCUCUCUGCUUGCAGCCCCUACAGUGCAUAUGGGCCGGACGGAGGACGUCGGUGUGCGCGUCGGCAUGAGCAUGACCCUCGUCGCCCUUGGCGCUGUUGCCGGUCCUCCGAUCUCUGGUGCCAUCAACGCCGCGACUGGUGGCUUCAAGUUCACCGGUGUCUACGCGGGAACUGCUGUGAUGGCAGCCGUAGUGUUCCUGAUCUUCACUCGGAUAUCCAUCCUCGGCGGGCUUUGGGGUAGAUGUUGAACACAACGGGCCGACGAAUACCCGCCCUGCAACCUGUUCUCUUCUUCGUCCAAGGGAUGCUCGACAGUCAUUAGAAACGACUCUCUCGGCGACAUAGAUGGAGCUUACGAUCACAAUGUUACGACGGAGACGAUGUAUUCUGAUCUAUAAUGAUACGUCUUCGAUUGCCGACGGCGAGCGAUGCUGGCGUGCCACGUCCUGUACGAAGAUGCCAACGCCGCUCCUCUCUGACCCCUUCCACUGCGGCAACUACCUGAAACCAAACAGUAAAAAUUGUAUCGGAUAAGAGACAAGAGUCACCAGGAUGUAUGCGCCAGGACCGAACUCUUAUACGACGAGCGUCUGGGUUACCUAUUAAGUCACAGUUUGUGGUAUGACGAGAAGCUUUGCAUCCGCUCCUCCGAUCUUCCUGGUUAGGACCAUGGUCGCUAUUCCCGCUGACAAGGACACCCUUGAUAUGUCCCCUUCAGAUAGGAUACUUCGGCCACGGAACAAGGGCACCACUCGGAACCCCGUCUCUUUCGGACCCGACUCCUUCGGAACGAAGGCGGGCGUGUCUCUCAAGCGUUCGCUGCGCAAAUACUGUUGUAAAAAUGGCCCGUUGACUAGGAGAUAUAAAGCUGCUAGCAGCUCGACCCGAUCUUCUUCAUAUCACAACGACUUCUGCUCGUCUGCCUACUAAACGCUCCAAUCUAUACCAUCGCAGUCAUCAUGUCAGUAGCUCAACACAAGGCCCUAAUCCUCGAGUCCAAGCUCGGCCAGUUUGCUGUCAAGACAGUGCAGACUCCGAAGCCUGGUCCAGAAGAGGUGCUCGUGAAGAUUGAGGCGACCGCGCUCAAUCCUCUGGACUGGAAGGUGCAGGCCUUGGGUAUCCUCAUCGAGAGGUACCCUACGAUUCUCGGCUUUGACGCUGCAGGAAGCAUAUCCCAGAUCGGAGAGGAGGUGCCUCCUACAUUGUUCGCCGUUGGUGAUCGCGUUCUUGUCCAAGGCUGGUUCGAUCUCGCCGAGCAGUCUGCCCACGGAACAUUCACUCAGUAUUUCUUGCUUCCCUAUAAGCUUGUCGCAAAAAUCCCCGACUCUCUUGCGUACGAAGAUGCAGCAACUAUCCCGACCGGCGUUGCAACCGCCGGCUUCCCGCUCUACAACCAGAAUGAGUCUGCAGCGUCUGUUAGGCUUACCCCACCAUGGGUCAAGGGCGGACGGGGCAAAUACGCCGGCAGACCCAUUCUCGUGAUUGGUGGCGCGAGUUCUAUGGGACAGUUUGCUAUACAAUUCGCCCACCUCUCUGGCUUCUCGCCGAUCGUUACAACUGCAUCCCCACACAACACACCCCUCCUCCAAACUCUGGGUGCGACGCACGUCCUAGAUCGCAAGCUUUCUUCCGAAGAGCUCAUCGCCGAAGCCACAAAAAUCACCGGUGGCCCUUUCGAAGUCGUCUAUGACGCAAUCGCUUCCGAGGAAACUUCAUCUAUGGCGUAUGCAGUGACGGCACGGGGAGGGCACCUCGUCACCGUUCUCAGCAAUCCUGCACUGGAACUAAGGGCUAAGGAGGAGGGAAAGAAUGUGGACUUUGUACACGGGGUGUUCAAAUCUGAGGUCAACCGUGAUAUUGGGCGAUCGUUGUUGGAUGCACUCCCUGGAUUGCUCAAGAGCGGUGACAUCAAGCCAAACCGCACAGAAAUUCUCCCAGGUGGCUUGAACGGUGUUGUCGAGGGAUUAGAGCGCUUGAAGAACGACCAGGUCAGUGGUGUCAAGUUGGUCGUCCGUCCUCAAGAAACUGCAUGAGGGUCUCCGGCUCGAUAAGGCCUUCCUGGCAGUCGUUGAAUAGUGUUCCGAGAGAUAGCAUAUCUGUCUGCACACACGUUGGAUUGCGAAGAACAAUUGCCAUUCACAACUUGUAUAUGAGGUGAUUGCGGAUUGGGAGACUGUUGUCGCCAAUGAACUCAUCGCUGG